UUUGGUACCCUUGGCCCUGCACAGCAUACGCCCCAGGACUCACUUGUGGAGGCAUAUUACCAUUCACUCUUCCGCCUUGUCUUCCACACCGACCUGCGAAGUUCAGCUUCGACAACCCUUUCCUGGUUAUAUUCGGAUGAAUAUCAGGUCGCACGCUCGGUACGGACAAAAAAAAGCAAUAUCUACCGCGCCAGCACUCGUCCAAUUUUGGUUGCGCACAUCAAGUACCUCUCACAUACAUACCUAGGCACAUUAUCUUCCCGAAACGACUAAAUAUACGCCAGAAACGGUAAUUCCCGCCAAGCACGCCAGCACCCGCCCACCAUAACUGUCACCAUCCGCCCUUGCGUUGCGACGGACCCAUCUCCAAGCCCAACGUUAUACAGCGACCACGCGCUAGUUUCCGGCCGAAAUUUUGAAAGACGAAGGAGACUAUAUUUAUUUUGCGACGACCCUAACGAAGAACCUGUUACACGAUCAAAACGACGUCAUUAACCAUUCGCCGCCAAACUUCCAGAACGAUAAAACAUAUAAACACCGCCCUGACGAGAAAUCUACAGAGACGGAAGACGAAGGAUUGGGGGGGGGGCCGACUAACGCAUCCCUCGCCCCCCCGCUCGUCCCCCUCUGCGGAGGUUGACGAGCGUGGACUCCACGCUCCCUUUGUCCUCAAUCAGCUUGCACCAUGUCACUAUACUCGAGCCCGCCCCCGUACCGUGACUUCCUAUCAGACAAGCCGACACUGCUGGUAUGCUGGUGGGCCACCAUAUUCUGCGCCACCAUCAUUCUACUAAGGAUAGGAGGCCGGUUCGUGAGGAGCGAGACUUUGUUCACCGAGGACAAGAUUGCAGCUCUGGCUAUGUUGCCACUCUUUGCUCGCAUGGGCUGUGUUCAUGUCAUUUUGCUAUGGGGCACAAACAAUGCCGAUUUCAGAGGCGUUGAGCUUUCCCAAGAGCAGGUGCACUUGAAGGAGAUGGCUAGCAGGCUGGUGCUCCUGAGUCGCAUCUUGCACGUCGCAACGCUCUGGGUCCUCAAAGCUGCCAUUCUCGAAUUCUUCAAACGGCUCACCGGCGUCUCAUGGCAAAAGUCAUAUGAUGUCGCACUUAUAAUUAUCCGAUGCUUACUGGGUCUGACCUUCCUGGCAGUUGUGGCUAGUGCUCUGGGCGAAUGUCGUCCAUUUGACCAUUACUGGCAGGUCCUUCCGGAUCCCGGCGGCCAGUGCCGCCAGGGUUAUGCGCAUCUGCUCACAAUGUCCGUCUGCAACGUCAUGACCGACCUCAUCCUAGUUCUUUUCCCGGCGCCCAUCAUCAUCCGCAGCGCUAUGACCGUCAAGCGCAAGUUCCAGCUUGUCUUGCUGUUCUCGCUCAGUCUGUCAGUGGUGGCUGUUACCCUGUACCGCGUGCCAACAGUCAUAUCACACCGGGGAAGUCAGCAAAUAAGGUCCUUGCUAGCAUCCAUCGAGCUCCUGUUCGCCACAGCAGCCUCGAAUGCGCUGGUGUUGGGCACGUUUGUGAGGGAUCGCGGCGUCAAGAAGAGGAGGUUUAAAUACGGCUCCAUUGCGGCCGACUCGCUUGAUCGGACAAGUUCUCGCUCGCGUCGCCCUACCGUGGUCAGGCACUGGGGAAGCGACGAGGACUUGGUCCGCGGCCUCGGCUUAGGAGUCCAGCCCGAUCUUCGAGACAGGCCCGAGUCACCUGGAUUGGCUCACCAUUCUUAUUUCCACCACCCAGCCCCCAUGGCGCGGCUUGGGGAUAUUGAGAGCUGGCAAUUCCCUUCGGAUAGGAGAGCCAGUGGGGGAGGCAGGAGCGAAACAAUGAGCGACUCGUCUCUGCUUAACAACCGGGAGCAGUUGGUAUAUUCAUCGCGUAGCAACUCGACCACAACGCCGCGGAAGGUUUCCUUCUUUGAUGUUGGUGGUCUGCUCUCGGACGAUGAGGAGCGAUCAAAUGCGCGUAGGGAUAGUCGUAUCAGCGCCAUCAGCUACCAAUCCGGUGUCGACCCGCUUGCAACGAUCCCUCGCGGCGGCCCUCCUUCACCCACGGUGAAAGCUAGCUCCCUAGGCUCACGCAGGGGCUCGACGGCACUUUUGCAGGACAUGGGAGGUCUGUUUGGCUCUCUAGGUGCCGGCAACAACAGCACCGUAAGCGGACUUGCAACUCGAAACGGAGCCAAAAUCAGGAGCCCAGGUUUACAUCAUUCAAGUCCUGGAAUGACGGAACUGGAAUCAAUACCACAGGAGCCUCGCUUCGAAUCGUCUCAUCCCAACGAAGGCAGGACUACGCAAAGGGACAGCUCGGAUCUCGACGAUUCCACUAUAUCAGAGCACUUGCCUGAUAAGAAGGACACCGAAUAAGGCUGGUCGCACUUUACGUUACUGGCGGCCAGGGUCCUUGCUUCAACUCAAACCUUAUCAACGACCAAGGUCGCAAAACUGUAUAAUUUUCAUGAUGGGACGACAGGAAUUGGGGGAAUCAAUGGCCGGGGGUUUUUGAAACAUUUUAUUAUUUUAAUUUCCACUAUAGUAGCAGGCGCGGCGUUUUGGUGACCUGGGGGGUUUUUUGUGAAUUUCGGAGGACUUUCUUUUCUGGGCCUCGGAGCAGGAAACGUACGAAGUACGGUAUGUGUACACGUGGGGGAUGACAGGCUCGGUACUUUUUCUUUAUUCACUUUCCUAUUUCUGUUUGGCGAGGCGGCGAGCCAUGCCUUAACGUUUCAGUUGUUUUCUUCGUCUGCUUCUUCUGAUUCUUCUGCUUUUCUUACUUUGUUGCCUUUUGUCGGUUGUUUUUUUUUUCACGCCAUAUACCCCUCACGCACGCAUUUUGUUGCCCUUGCAGGACGAAGGGUCCUGCUCACUCUCGGCUCGUUUCGGCCGCUAUCAGCGGACGAACGGGGGCCCUGGGCGCUCUGCCUUCUAGCACACCACGACUCCACCACUUUGCGGUAGGUGUGACCAAAUCAACAUAUUUUUUCUCUUCUUUUCAAACAUGUCUCCGACUCGC